AUGGGCUUUCUCCGCAAAAUCAACGGCAAAAUUCACGAUAAACCCCAAAACGCUGCAACAGACUCUAUAAACCCUUCCGAACCCGAACCCCAACCGAAUUCGGACGCAUAUCCAUCCGGACCAAGUGAAGGCCACGACCAACGCUACCAACCCUACAAACCAGCUCCAAACCACGGCUAUGGCACCACAAGUGCCGGCUGUAGUUUGCCCACGCGCAUAUAUCCGGCCUUUCCAAAUUUCGCAGCUCUCGAUCCAGAUAGUGUGCCUUACCCGUGGUCUAUGCAAUUUGAUCCGUCCUCAGGACGUACUUACUACGUAAACUCUGAGACUGGUGAAUCGACAUGGUUUCCUUUUGUUGUUUCUGCUACUCUUGAGGCCGCUGAUGCGAAUGAUUUGAUUGAGCGUCCUACGAAACAUAGUGGAAAUAAACGUCUUGGGGGGAAUAAAUCUGAUGAUUCAGAGGAUACUCGAGCGCAUGAUUUGGUGGGUAAGCUUAAGAGGAGAUCAAAGGGGUUGAAAUCCAAGGUGAAGGGUGCAUUUCAUGGGAAGAAUGGGAGUGAGGAGGACGAGGACUCUUCUUCCUCUUCUGAAUCCGACUCUGGCUCUGAUGCCGGUAGCUAG